UAAUGUCACAAUAAGUUCUCUGGGAAGUGGUUAAAGGAAACAAUGCCUUUUUGGUUAAGAGAAAUGGAUUGACAUUGUCAACAGAUCCAUUCAAUAACACAGGUGUAUAGACAUAUAGCAGUACAGGUAAUUGGGUCGAUGUAAUUAUUUUAAAGGAUUCAUCAGUAAGAAUGCAGUUGGUGUUGUUCCAACCUCAGGAAAAGUUAAUUAGAUUAACAAUAUUAAUUUGGUCGCAAAGAAGAGCACAAAAUUCUAAUAAGUUGAUAGAAAAGCUAAAAACACUCAAUCAGUUUAUGCCUCAACUUUGGCUGUUAAACAUGGAGUACACACUGCUUCCAGAGUAAUUAUUUUAUUAAUAUUCUUAGGUUAUCAGAAAGAGAUUCGGUACUUCAAGAGUUGGAUUACAAAAGGCAGCUCUUAGAAAGUUGGUAAAGUUAAACAGAGCAAAUGCAGUCAGAAGAAGAAAUGAAUUAGCUGCUGCUAAAGCUUAAAAGAAAUGAU